AUGACCAGAAUUCCGGGGCUGAAAAGAUCACGUUUCAACAAAACCCACUCAAAAAUGUCAACCUUCACCCUCCCAGACUCGCGCGUCAUGGCCUACGACCUGACCCCGAGCCCAACGCCACUCCCCAUCAUCCUCCUCAGCAACCCCCUCCUCACCUCAUACCGGGCCUGGGACCGCGUGACCCCAGUGCUGCAGGCAGCGGGCUUCCGCGUCCUCCGCUACGACCAGCCGGGGCACGGCUCGUCCACCGCACCCAGUAACCCGGAGACAACGACCUUCUCCUCCAUCGCCGACGACGUGGCCCAGCUGCUCCGCCACCUGGGAGUCGAGCGCCUGCACGCCUGGGUUGGCGUGUCCAUGGGUGCCGCCACGGGCGUCUACUUUGCCACCCGCCACCCGGGCAUCAUCUCCCGCCUGGUCGUGUGCGACACCAUCUCGGCGUCGCCCGCCAACGCCGGCGUGCCCGACGCCUUUGCCGACCGCGUGCUGCAGGCCCGCACCGCCGGCAACGUCGAGACCCAGGUCCAGUCCACGCUGGAGCGCUGGUUCGGCGCAGGCUGGCUAAAGUCGGAGGAGGCCGAGGCGUCUCGCAUGCGCGACCUGAUGGUCAAGACGUCGGUCGGCGGGUUCGAGGCCUGCGUCGCGGCGCUGCGGAGCCAGUCGUUUGACCUGCGGCCGCUGCUGCCCGAGGUGGGCAAGGGCUGUGAGGAUGCCUUGUUGAUCGUGGGUGAGAAUGACGCCGAUCUGCCGGUCAAGAUGGAGGAGUUGAGGGCGGGGAUCGAGGAUAGCUUGAGAAAGAAUGGCAAGGAGGGUAAGAAGGUGGAUUUGGUUGUCAUCAAGAAUGCCGGACAUGCCGUCUUUGUGGAUGGGUUUGAGGACUUUUGCAAGACGCUGCUCAACUUUGUCCAGCAGUGA